GUUACAAACUCGGAUCACCCGAAAAGAUAAAAUCGAACUCUCUCUGACCCACUUUCACAACAAAUUUUGGGAUAUUUCAAUUUCAGAAAUUUCAAAAAAUUCCAAAAUUCAUAGUUCAACAACAGUUACAACGAUCGAUCAACACUCCACCAGCAUAAAUCCAAUAAAAAAAUGACGGAUGCAAUUGAAGAACUCGAACCGUUGUUUGAUUACACUCGUGUUCAGCCUUUAAAUUUCGUUUGCCUUGAUGACGAUGAUGACGAUGAUUGUUCUACGGUUGUCCCUGCUAAACGCAGGAAACCCUCUGCUUCUGCUGUUGAUAAGGUACAAGUGACCCCGGAAGCAAUUGUUAUUGAUGACGGUGAAGACAAUGAUGACUUGGAUUGGUUAGAGGCGCCUCCUCCUAAGGUACCUGUAAACAAGGAAAAGCUAUGCGAGAAUUCAAUUAUUAAGGAGUUGAGGCAGAAAAGGCAGGAGCUGUUAUCAUUUACUGAAUCGACUGACGAUAUGGUGCGAACAGUUGAAGAAAACGUCAAAAGAGAUCUUAAAACCUCAACGAAUUUGGAACCUGAAAGUCCUAUUGAGAAGCAUACAAAACCCGUUGUAGAAAGACCAAAAAUAGUUAUAUCCAUCCAAGACAAAGAUGGGCCGAAGCAGUUUCGAGUUUACAAGGAUGAUAAGUUUGAGCGGCUUUUUAAAAUGUAUGCCGACAAAGUGAAGAACAAGGUAGAGAAUUUGGUAUUUUGUUUUGAUGGCGAUAAAAUCGACCCCUCGGCUACUCCUAGCAGCCUUGAGAUGGAAGAUGAUGACAUGAUCGAGGUUCAUGUGAAGUCAAAUUGACCCAGGUGCGGAUUAGCAAAGAUCUUAUAUAAUAUGCAAACGUUUUUUGUUGUGGAGCUCGUUUUUGCUGCUGCUGUGGCUAUGGUCUUUAGUCAGUUUUGCGGACUAUGUUUUUGUUAUUAUAACUUGCACCCUCUUUCAAUUGUAUGUUGAAUGUCCUUUGAAAUGUACAGAAUCACAAAUGGAUGUGAAAGAAAAACUAGUGAAAUGAUAAUGCUGCUGCUUAUUUUGUAGUCA